CCAAUAAAAAAAAAGUAGCUAGAGCAAUCGAAGCACUAAUCCUAUCCGUUCAUUUACAUCUUGAAGUGAGUUGGGGUUUAUCGGGGGAUAGGAUUUGAAUCGCUCUACUCCGAUGGCUAAACCCGCCCGCGGCCGCCAGGCGUCGCCGUCGGGAUCAGAUUCUCGCUCUUCCUCCCGCUCUCGUUCCCGUUCCCGUUCCCGUUCCCGUUCCCGUUCCAUUUCUCGCUCCCGCUCUCGCUCUCGCUCUUACUCCAGAUCAGGCUCCCGCUCCACUUCCAGGUCGCGCUCCCGCUCUAAAUCCAUAUCCUCCUCUUCUCCUUCUCGUAGCGGCAGCUCCCACAGCCCUCCGCCGCGGAAAAGCACUGGUGAAGCAGUUAAGAGAGGUCGCUCACCUCCACCACAAACCAAGAAAUCUUCCCCACCUCCAAGGAAAGCUUCGCCUGCUCCUGAAUCUCUUGUGCUGCAUGUGAACCAGCUUAGUAGGAAUGUUAACGAAAACCACUUGAAAGAAAUAUUUGGUAAUUUUGGUGAAGUGGUGAAUGUAUGGCUUGCAAUGGAUUAUGCUGUUAACCUUCCAAAAGGAUUUGCAUAUGUUGAGUUCAAGAUUAGGGCAGAUGCUGAAAAGGCUCAGUUAUAUAUGGAUGGUGCUCAAAUAGAUGGUAAAGUUGUUCGGGCAAAGUUCACAUUACCUGAGAGAAAGAAGGUUGCUUCUCCUCCCAAAGCUGUCGCCAACACAUCAAGGAGAGAUGCCUCAAAAUCUGAAGACACUGCUACGGAUGGUGAUAGAGAUGGAGGAAAACGUACAAGAGAUGCUUCUCCUCGUCGAAAGCAACCAUCUCCUCCUCGAAGAAGAUCUCCUGGACCACGAAGAGGAUCUCCUAGACGAGAGCAAGAUUCUCCACCCCCACCUCGUCGUAGAGCUGAUUCCCCUCCAAUCAGGAGAAGGCCUCCACUGUCUCCUGCUAGAGGCCGUUCACCUUCUCCUCCGAGACGCUUCCGGUCACCACCAAGGUCAUCUCCAAGAAGAAUACGCGGUAGUCCUGUUCGUCGGUGAUCCCCUCCUCCACCUAGGCGACGUUCACCAAGGCGUCUUCGAAGUCCUCCAAGAAGGUCUCCUGUUGGUCGCAGACGUUCUCGCUCUCCUAUUAGAAGGCCAGCUCAUUCGCCAUCACGAUCACCCUCCCCUAGAAG